GCCUGCGCGAAGCUGGAACUUUCCCUUGGAAAGCGGAGGGCCGGCCAAGGAAGUUUGGUCCUCGCUGCUGUAGUUGUUCACUAGUGAGGUCAACCGCAGUCCAGGAGCCCUUCCCAGUCUCUUCGGGGAGGGCAUGAGCCGACGGAACCCCCAGUCCUGCAUCCAGAUUGUGUCAGCGAGGUUGCUGGGACCCUGGCCACAGCCAGAGAAAUGGCAGCCACAUUGGAUUUGAAAUCAAAGGAAGAGAAGGAUGCUGAGCUGGACAAGAGGAUCGAGGCUCUCCGGCGGAAGAAUGAAGCCCUCAUCCGGCGCUACCAGGAAAUCGAGGAGGACCGUAAAAAAGCCGAACUUGAAGGAGUAGCGGUGACAGCGCCCCGGAAGGGCCGAACGGUGGAGAAGGAGAAUGUGGCGGUAGAGGAGAAGAGCCUGGGACCCUCACGGAGGUCUCCCGGGACCCUGCAGCCCCCAGGGGCCAGCAGAGGGGGGCGGGCUGCCCCACAGCAGGGAGUCCGGCCAGGCGUGGGCCGGGCAUCACGAAGCUGGGAGGACAGUCCUGGGCAGCAGCCUCAAGGAGGAGCUGGUGGCUGGGGCCGGAGGGGCCGAGGCCGAAAGUCCCCUCAUCUCUUGGGAGCUGGUGACAGCUCAGCUUCUGACCGCAAAUCCAAGGAGUGGGAGGAGCGGCGAAGACAGAACAUUGAGAAGAUGAACGAGGAGAUGGAGAAGAUUGCAGAGUACGAACGCAACCAGCGGGAAGGGGUACUGGAGCCUAACCCAGUGAGGAACUUCCUGGAUGACCCCCGGCGCCGCAGUGGACCCCUGGAGGAGCCUGAGCGGGACCGCCGGGAGGGCAGCCGCCGGCACGGGCGCAACUGGGGGGGCCCCGACUUCGAGCGGGUGCGCUGUGGCCUUGAGCACGAGCGGCAGGGCCGCCGUGCCAGUCCGGGUAGUGCUGGUGACAUGACAAUGUCCAUGACGGGCCGGGAGCGGUCGGAGUACCUGCGCUGGAAGCAGGAGAGGGAGAAGAUUGACCAGGAACGGCUGCAGCGACACCGCAAGCCCACUGGCCAGUGGCGACGCGAGUGGGAUGCGGAGAAGACCGAGGUCAUGUUCAAGGAUGGCCCAGCCCCUGCCCACGAAGCAUCCCAUCGCUAUGAUGACCAGGCCUGGGCCCGGCCCCCCAAGCCUCCCACUUUUGGGGAGUUCCUGUCGAAGCACAAAGCUGAGGUCAGCAACCGACGGCGAAGAAAGAACAGCAGACCUCAGCCCAAGGCAGCCCCCCGGGCCUACAGUGACCAUGAUGACCGCUGGGAGAUGAAAGAGGAGGCAGUGUCCCCAGCCCCCGAGGCCACACAGCUUGAGGAGAGGCCAGCACAGCCUCCAGAGACCCUGGCCUCUGCCCACCGGCCUCCUGAGGAUGAGGGGGAGGAUGACGAAGAGUGGGAGGAUGUGAGUGAGGAGGUGACUGAGGAGGAGGAAGAUGAGGAGGAAGAGGAAGAAGGGGAGGAGCAGCCCCAGGAGCAGCCGCAGGAUCAGGAGCAACAGCAGCAGGAGCAGCAGCAGCAGCACAUCAAAGAGGAAGAAGAAGGUGCCCAGAAACAGGAGGAAGAACUACCCCAAGAGCACCAAAUGCAUGAGGCUAUGCCCACUGGGAGGCCCCCUAGCGAGCAGGCUGAAGAAGCGCCCAGACCUGAGGAGCCGCUGCCCCAGGGCCCUGCCACGCCCACCAGCCCCUUCUCGCUACCCGGUGGCCACCGGCCUGUGUCUGACUGGGGAGGUGACCAGCCAGCCCCUGCCUCCCCGGAGAGUAGGCCAGGCCUCCCAGGAACCCAGAGAGAAGAAGAGGAGGGGUCUGAGGCGAUUCCAGAGGCGGGUCCCGAGGGCCAGGAGAUGGCAGAGAUCACCGACUUCCAGAGGGUGCGUUUCUGCAAGGUGGUGGCGGCCGCCCCGCCCCCGGGGGCCGCCCGCUGACAGCAGCCGGACCGCGCCUCACUAACCUAGGCCUCGCUCCGCUUCCACGCUGGGCCAGGAGAGGGUUACAUGCAAGAGGGAGGACCCAGGGUCAGUCGGCGCCGAGGCCAGGGCUCCGGGCUAAGCGCGAUGAGGACUCAUCGAGGCUCCACACCUGGGAAUGCCAGGCCACCAGGGAUGGCUAGACGCCUCCAGAUUAGCCCACCUUGGAGGCCACGGGCCAGGGGGCAGCCCUGGCCGAAGCCCGGCCUCCAGGACCCUACAUCUGGGGCUUGGCGCAGCCAUGACUUCCACAGGACUUUCGCUAGCUGGGCCGCUGUGUCCAUUAAACGCAGUGCUUCCGCUAA